AUGGAGAGUAGAGAUUCUCAAAUUGAUUCGAUCAUAGCCCAUAACAAAAUCGUAGAUAAUCAAAUUGCGCAUAUUUCCUCUACUCUACAAGCCCGCCAACAGAGAGCCCUACUAUCGCAGCCAACAAGACCUAUAGAUCAAGAUUUUGCAAUUACCCUUAGGAGUGGUUCACACUUUGAUGGGCCCCUUAUGCCCAGAGAGGAUGAACAUGUUUCCAUGAAAAAUGCUAAUCUUGGUUCUGUUAUACCAAACAAUGUUGCUAAUAACCUAAAGGGCUCAAGGGUAGUAUUAAUAUUUCUGAUAAUACAUUGCAGGGUACAGCACCAAGGAAUGUUGCAACUCAGGAUGAGAAUAGCGGAGUUCAAAAGCAUUUGUCAAACUUCCAUCCCCAAUCGACAUUUAAAAACUAAUUUGGAUAAGCAGUUUGCUAAGUUCCCGGAGAUGGUGAAAAAUUUGCAAGUAACGGUUCCUUUCGCAGAAUUGAUUACACAAAUUCCUGUAUAUGAUAAAUUCAUGAAGGAAAUAUUGACUAAGAAAAGCAAUAUGAUGAUUGAUAAUGCAUUAUAUGAUUUGGGUGCUAGAUUUAGUGUCAUGCCAUUGUCUGUGUGUUCUAAGCUAAAUAUGGGAGAAAUAAACAGAUGGAAAGAGGAAGUUGGUGCAGUAGGAAGAGCCCUUUACAUUGAAGGGCUUGGUUUUGAAGAUGAGAAGGAGGAGAAAAGUGAGCAAAUUGCGAAAUCUGAGCUUAUAGUGAGAGUUCCAAUGAAUCGAGUUGCAAUUGCCCAAUAA